CGUGAUUGUAUUUUGAAAACAACGUGCGCGUGACAGCUGCUUCGUUAGUUUUGAAAUAUUUAGAAGUGCCUUGUAUUUUUCAUCAGCAAAUUUUCCUAAUCCUGUACGUUUUGCUUUCGAGACAGCCAAAUAUAAUAAGAUAAAAAUGUACCUAGAUAUGGGGUUGGUUUCGGUGCGGAAUAAUGGCCGGCUUGCUGCUGUGUGGCUAGCCGCUACCAAUAAACCCCUGUUCCGACGACACUUCGAACGCCGGCAGUGCGAGAGCAUCGACAUCGAUGACAUGUGUAAUUCUAUCCUCGAUUGCGUGACUAAUCAACCGUUUAUCAUGGUGGCAAAACUUGCGUACGGCGCAGUCUACAUUUAUCAGCAACAAGUGCAGUAUUUGUAUGAAAAAGUCAGCACGGCGGCAUGCCUCCAGACCGCUGCUUUUCAGGGGUUGAGGAAAUCAAGCCAAAAAUCAUCGACGAAAACCGGAUGUCGGACAACAUCCCUUGAAGAGCGCUUCGAUGAUUUUCUAGAGGAUCCAUCUGUUCUACCUGUGGAUGUCAUAACUCAACUGCUGGCCGGCGAUAAAAAUACCAGCGUUGUUCGUGCUGAUGAUAUCACAAUGCAGGAGAUUGGGAAUGACACUCUUCAGGCAACGGUUGAAUCUACUUUCAAUGUUCAGAACAGCGGUUUUGGAGAAAUUGAUAUAUCGGAAAUCGUACAGGACACGGAUGAUCGUGAUUUGGAUGAUUUUACAAAAGUCAGUGAUUCAACCACGUGUAUUCGAGAAACUGUGAUGGAUUAUCCAGGAAUUGAGAGUACUUCUAUGGCCAUUAUAGAUAUGCCCAUUGCAAGCACCAGCACCAUGCAACUCCAUGAACCUAAUGUGAACAGCUCGGCCUGUGUCACGGCAGAUCAACAGCUUGUAGCAAUGACGUUGAAUCCUAUGAACAAUCCGAAUUAUGUAUUUGAGAUGCCAAUAAUGUCCUCCCAAGGUCAUUAUCUAGGUCAGACAUCAACACGUCUCUCAAAGAACGCCAAACAACGACGCUUAUUUAUUAACAAGAAGACCACACUGGACUAUGUUGUAAUGAAACGCGCCAUCGAAGACUGCUCGAGUAACCAGCGGUGCAAGAACCCGCGCCACGACAUCGUUGCACUGAAACAGAUAAGAUAUCCGUUUGAUCAGGCGCGAACUAUUCUGCAACAGCCGAUUCGGGGAACGCGAUCUUCAGUGUUGGCCAGUUUAUUUACUCGAAACACCCGGAAACGCAAAUAUAACGCGUGUGGAGAGGAUUUUUCGCUGAAUGGGCAUAUAGAUCAUCCAAAGAAAAACAGAACUAUUGCACAACCAGCAAUUCCAGAAAUUGUAGCACCAUCGCCUGUUAUGCGAUCAACAGAUCAGAAUACAUCGUUCAGCAACAUCACUGAUCACGAUCAAGCAGUUCAAAUUACGUCACCUCCAGAGCCACAUACUUGUGUUAUGAAUGAAUUGAUCACUGAAAAUAUCGAUAAUUCUCAUUUGGAGAAUCGUCACACGUGCCACUCAACAGAACCAGGACGAGAAAUCCUCGAAUCGAAUCUGAUGAAUCUUCUGACGGAACUAUGGGACAAGAAUCAAGGCCCGAUUUCCAUGAAAUCUCUGGCAGGAAGAUUUCCCAGUAAACUAGAAGCCGCUACAUGUUUUUCGACUAUUUUGGUUCUCAUUACAAAACGAAAGCUGCACAUCAUAAAAAACGAAUCCAAUGAAAUCAUUGAAAUCCUUCCGCAUUGAAUUGUUUCGCCUGGGACUGUCAUCUAAGUAAGCAUUACUCAACUAAAGGAUUAACGCAC